UCUUUUUACAAUAUGUCAUCUAAUUCAAUUCAGCCAACUACUAUUUUAAAUAAUUUAAUAGAAUAUGAUAAAACAGCAAAAAUUUUUUAUGAUUCCUUAAACCAAAUAUUUCAAGAGCAAGUUAAUACUUGUACAUUGCAAGAAUCAGCAAAACAAAACAAAGAUCAAAUAAAAAAUCCUUUAAUAAUAAAAUCAAAA